CACAGCCUCGCAGCAGUUGAUGGCGCCGCAGCCGGGGCGCGCGCUGCGGAUCCCUGAGCGCGGCUAGCGCGGGGGAAGAGCUCUGCCCGAGGCCGGCGAGGCCCGGGCCCGGCCCGCCGGCCCUCUCGGGUCCGCAGGAGGGGCCGGAGCCAGGGUUGCCAUGGAUACCGUGUCCCUGGAGCAUCAGAUCCAGAGCGUGCAACGCCACAUCAGCUUCCUAAAAAAGGAGCAGAUGGCCCUGCUUCGAGACCUACACCUGGAGAUCCUGAGGCUGCAGAAACGCUGCUCAGAACUGACCCAUGACCUGGAGAUGAGAGAGGUCCAGGCGCACCAGCAAGAGGAGGCGUCUCAGGAGCUGGAGAGCAAGUGUCGCGCGCUCGAGUCGCAGCUGGAGGCGCGGGCGGCGGCCAACGCGGAGCUGCGGCGGGAGGUAGCGCAGCGGGAGGCGCUGGUGUCCGCGCUGCGCUGCAGCCUGCGUUCGGAGGAGCGCCGCUUUCUGGAGGAGCUGAGGCGCCGCAGCCACCGCGCCACGGUGCUGGGCACCGAGCUGCAGAAGCACACGGAGGCGGCCGCCUACCUCUCCUGCCAGCUGCAUGCCGCACGCCAGAGACUGCAGGCCCCGCGCUCCGGAGCCGCUGCCGCCGAACCUCGGCCCCGCCGGCGCACGCAACGGGCCCGCCGCCCUCCCGAGGCGGCCGCCAAGGGGCCGGGCCGGGACUGGGCGACCUGGGAAGACGCCGAUCCCAUGCCGGACCCCGCGCUCUUCCUCUACCCGCGGAGGCCACCGCGGCCCAGCCCCCGAGGCCCGCGUCCUGUGCCACGCCAGGAGCUGCCGGACCAAGGCGCCCCACACCCUCUACCACACCAGGAGCCCGGGGACCAAUGUGGCCAGCACCCGGGACCCAGCGAGAGCCCAGGCUCCACGCCCGGCGCCCCAGGGGAUCCUGAGUAGGCGCUGGGCAGGCGGUGGCAUAGGGAAAGCAGGCCUGACUGGGCAGGAUCAGGGAUGGGGCGGAGCCCAGCCGGCAGAUUCGCCCCAGCUCCGCCACCCUCUAGAGCCGCCCCCGCUUGUGUUUCCCGAGAGGAGAAAGACCUCCUUCACAGAGGGAGAGCAAAAGGAUCGCACCUUUAUUGUGGUCUGGGUCCCACCCAGCCCCUGAGAGGGGGAGGGGCGGGGUCUUGUCUGUCCCUGGAAAGCUGACAAUCCCUUGUAGGGCAGGAGAAGGCUGGGUCUGCCUACCGGAAGGAACACGAUGGCACUCGGCACCCCUAGGCCUGCAAGCUCCCCUUCCCUGCUUUCUCCCCACCCUCCAACCCCACCAGCCCUGACAGCCUUUCGCUCGGCAGAGGCAAGCUUAGGCGCUGGCUUGGACUCGGAAGCGGCUACUCCCCACCCCACUGUUAGGCCCUUGAAGGUGAGCACGGAACACUUUAUAACCUGUUUUAGAAGUCACGCCCUCUGGAGCCGCUGUGCUCCUGGUGGCAGUUAGGGUACCGAAAACCGGAAGCUUAGACCUUGGAGCGAGUCUGGACGAGGAACUGAUUGGUUCUUCCCGGGUCUGCCGUGCAGGGGUAUGAGAGACAGGAAAACUGGGGCUCAGACUUGGGCGAGGGCAGAAGGGCUUCUGGCCUUCGGUUUCUGAGGCCAUCUCAGAGACUUCCCAGUCCUGUUAUAGGUGCUAACCUUGCCAAGCUUCCAAGCAGCUGGCUGCACCCAGAGGCAGGAAGGAGGGCCUGGCUUCUUGGAAGUGGCAGCUGUCCAUAGACAUUUGACUUUCUGGGGAGGAAAGUGGAGACUGGUUAGUGCCGGGAGGCGCUCACCCCUGGGAAGGCCGCUUCGCCUGCAGAAGUGCUGGCAGGGUGGUCCUGAGCGCCCCCUCCUAGUUGGGAAUGGUAGAGGGAGGGCAGAAUGUCGGCACAUCCCCCCUUUCCAGUUCUCCUCAGUACCAAAGCAGAAAGCUUCAGUCCAGCCCAUGCUCCGGCCCCACACCAGAGCCCAAGAGCCCCACGCCAUCACCCUGGGUUUGACCUGCAUCGAGUCCUAAGUGCCUGUGAGGUCUUCCCUGGGGCUGCUGAGGGAGCAUGCCUCUCUUCCCUCAGACACUGGGCCCCUAGCAGGUCCCGGCCCUGGCUAAGGUACCACAUCGUGUGUGUCACCCAAAGUCUUGAUUUGAGCACUGAGUGGUUGGCAAACCUCUUCAUGGCUACCAGAAAGAAAAGAACCCCUGGCUCACGUCCUCCAUCUUUUAAAAGGAAGCAGGAAUUUGGCUGGAAGCGGAGCACAGUGAGCACAUUCUAACCUGAGCCUGCGCACAGACCCCUCCAAGCUUUCCCCUACCCUGAAGGGCAGCUGAGGCCUCUGAGCAAUAACCAGGCCUGGGAGUUGGGUGGCAGAUGUAGAAUCCUGGGGUCCCUACUAGGGCCCCUGACAGCUACCCUUUCAGUCCAAUGGCAACAUCUAUACUGCUUGUCUCCCCUUAAUUUCGUAUGACACUGCCCUAACCUGCCACCCUCUCCAUCUGGAACCUGCCUGUGCAAGGGACUCGUGCUGCUCCCUUGGAGGUGCCCAAAGGACAGUGGGAAAGGAAAGGCCUUUAUCUUGGGGCACCUGCACAGACCUAGAUCUCUUACAACUAUACUUUUGGGGUGAACAGGGUGAUUUUGUUAUGUCGAUUUUUUUUCUAGAGAGCCCGUUCUCAUCCAUCCAUCCAUCCACUAUAAGCCAUAGCUACCCAACUAGCUUUCCUCUAAACUAUAGCAAUAGCCCUUUAUCUUUUCUCUUCUGGGCACCCGGGGUGUUCAGCUGGCUCCAUCACACCCCAUCCCCAGGGAUCCGACAGUAACCUGCCUGCCUUUCCUCAAGUAACCCUGUUAGCACCUCCCAAAUCCUGUUCCUCUUGUGAGUGACAGAGAUAAGGAUACUCGUUUGUGAGGUGCUUGGCGGUCUCCCAGGUGAAAGGGUCUAAGAGCAUCUGACUGCCAGUUGAGAUCUUGUGGGCGGAGGGGCAUGAUGCAACACUUCCAUCGGUGAGGAAGUGAUAGGGAGGCCUAGGUGGACACAGGGUUCUGGUGUGAACAGGGUACCACGUCUCCCUUCGCUUCUGGAAAUAAUGGAAGACUCCUUUCAGUGGUCUGCAGUCAAGGACUCCCUCAGCCUCCCAGUCUGGGACAGGCCCUGCCCUUAGCUUCCACCCCUUCCCUUCCUAGACCUGGCUAUAGGAAUCCGCCUGAUCAAAAGAAAAGUACCAGCUGCAGCCCAGGAAUGACCCAGCAGCUUCAGAGGGAAAGGGCCAUUUUCUUUCUGUUCUUCACUGCAUAUAUCCCCAUCUCCCCAUUGGGAGACUGAGAUAGUUUGUCCCUAGGGAGAGUCCCACAAUGCAAGUGUAGGCAGACCCAGAAGAAAAGCUGCAGUGAAGUCCUUUUACACUCUAGAAGACAUCUAGGAAUGCCUGAUGCAGUUUGAAGUUCUGUAUCCUUGCCAAGGCAACCUGUUCUUUGGGGGACCAGUUCUGGGCCAAGAUGGGGCAGCUCAUCCUUAUACAGACAGCUGGAUAGUCAUCCUGCAUGGAGACGGAAGGGAAGGAGGCCAGAGGGUGCGGAGCAUCUUCUCAUUUGGGGGCCCAGGAGUCUCCGAAGCAUCCUCUCAGACUGAUGUGCCAGCCUUGAAUGGGAGAUGCGCAGGGCAGACGGAUCCUGCUCCAAAUUCUCUGUUGGCUGCGCUUUUUAAUCCAAUGCUUUUCAGAGUGCAUUCACUCACCUACAGAAAUAGAGCCCUGUGCUUUAGGGGUGACUGUCACAUGCCUUAUUCUUAAUAAAAUGUUUGGAAAACA